AUGGCUGGGGAAAAGGAAGUUGAAAAAAUAAUUUGUAUUGUCUGCGAUCUCUCUUUACUUUUAAUCCUUUUCUACCAACUCGUGGUGUAUGUGCGUCGUUACAAUGAAGACCGUCUUUUCCUAAAAUCUUUUAUUUGGUCGAAUUUUGCUCUGGAAUUAGCAUCAUCAGUUUUUCUAAUACUUUUCCUAUUCCGGGAUAAAAGAUGGGAAAUCGGCGGAAUAAUAGCCAGCGGCCUAAUAACAUUACUGGCACAAUUUUUUCUUGGAUUCCAAGCAUACCUUACAUGCAAUAGUCAACGAUUGACCUUUUUAUUCGGAGUUUUUGUAGCGGCGUGUUUCACUUUUACGAGUGGAAUUGCGUGUGCCGUUGUUUUGGCAAACUUUCAAGUCGAUUACAUCACAACUUUGAUUUAUUUAUCACUGUCUGCAGGAUUGGACUUGUUACUAGUUUCUGUGUUCUCUUAUGGAUUUUUUAAAGGCAAAGAAACCUUUGACCCGCAUGCGUAUCAAGUAAUGCGCAUCCUCAUUGUCACCAUGAAUGUAUUAACUUUGAUAGCCUUUUUGGAAUUAAUCAUAUACGCCGUUUUCCACACAAAUCUCUUUGUACAUGUCUUUUCAACAAAAUGUUAUUUCCUACUGGUUCUUUGGCCAAUCAAUCAUCGAGUAUCCUCUACAAUCAAUGAUAACCGGAAUUCAUGUGACGACUAUAGUCAAGACAAGAAAAAACCCUCCUCCAACAGCAAUAGCAAAAACAAACACCACAAUUCAAUUGAAGUUGAACCAAGUAGAAUAAGCGAAAGUAGCGGGUACGUGUAUGAACUCCCACGACAAAAUCAAAACAUCAUCAGUGCGCCGGCUUCUGUCUAUCAUUCGAGGUCGAAAUCAAGUGCGACGAGCACAAUGACAAUGACUUCGUCACAUCGUCUUAGUCAAGUCAAUUUGGAAGCUUCCCAUGCUGGAUAUUGGGCAUCCUUGGAUGAUGAAUAG